AUCGCCAACACCAGGAUGCGUUGUCAAUGCACACAGACGAUUUGUCAAGCAUAUAUAGUAUUUUUGUUUUCAUCAUCUUUCAUAAAUUUGUUUGGGCGUAUUAAUAAGACGAAAGAAAAAAGAAAUUAGUUGCAAAAAUGUCCAAAAGCGAUUUAAAGAUUAUGCCAAAAGCGAUUGUUUGUGAAUGUGAAGACAGCACUUUCUCUGGUGAUAUUACCGUCUCCAGUGGAUGUAUUAUUCAUCCCCGUGUGACAAUAAUUGCAAAAUCCGGACCAAUCAUCAUUGGUGAAAAUUGCCUUAUUGAAGAAUACACAACAAUAAUCCAUGAUACCGGCGAAGAUACCAGUUCGAUGACUAAGCCUCCGGUUUUGGUAAUUGGUGCAAAUAAUGUUUUCGAAGUUGGAUCACGAGUGGAAGCGCUGAAAAUUGGUGAAAAAAAUCUAUUUGAAUGUAAAUGUUUUGUAUCGUCGGCAGUAAAAGUGACAAAUAAUUGCAUCAUUGGUGCUGGUUGCCAGCUGAUUGGAGAGCAAACACUAGCUGAAAAUACCAUUAUCCAUGGAAAAAACUGUGCCGAACGAGAAUCAAUUGAAAAAUCAGUGUCACAUUCACUUCAACUCGUAUUUCUACGUAAACUAUUGCCAAACUAUCAUUUAUUGCGGAAGGCAACAUUCGAUCCGAAAAAAUUGAAAGGGCACAUUUAACGAUAGAUUUAUAAAUCGAAAAUUUGAAAAUAAAAAUAAAACAAUGCAAAUUAAAUGAAUAAAAACAAUUUUAA